GCUCAGAGAUGUUCUCCAUCCCCCCCAACAUUGCUGCAUUUCCCAUCAUGAGUGUCAGUACUAAAGAGUGUCUGCUUGUCCACUACUGGUCCUCAGCACCACUGGUCCUCCUGCUCCUCUGUUCUGGUUGUUUUGCAGACAGCAGGGUGAGAACUUCUGGUAACAUCACAGCAAAGAUUGGUCAUCCUGUGACUCUGUCCUGUGAGCCGCCUGGAGACGGGAAUGUGUCCCAGGUUGAGUGGAGGAUUGGAGGGUGUGAUGGCCGUAGGAUUCUGGUUUCGAACACAAACAACCCAGUUGUCGUGGAGCAGGACUAUAUCGACCGUGUCUCUGCGGUGACGAUGCGUGGAUUCACGUUACUAGGGACACAGAGGAAUGACGCUGGGCCGUACUGCUGUUCUCUCACAACCUUCCCACUCGGGUCUUUGAAAUGUCACCUUUUUUUGUAUCUGACUGAGGACCCACAAACAGCCUUCAGUGAAUCUCCUCUCAUAAUGAUUGUGUCCAUUGCGAGUGGGAUUCUGGGAGUGCUGGUGCUGGGAGGGACCAUAACAGCACUGUUGCUCUGUCAGAGGUGUAGAAGACCCGUGCAGGACCCUGUUCAUGUGGCAGUUCAUCCAGGGGGGCUUCCACAAAAACCCCCCUCCAUCCUCCAGAAAAGCCAGGCCCAUGCUCCCCCACCACAGAGGAGUAACAGUGAGGAGGAGGAGGAGGAGGAGAACGGGGAAAUGGAUUACUUGAACAUCACAGUGCUUCGCCUCCCCAGAAUUCCACCUACUGCCUCAUCUGCCUUGAGGAAGAGCUAGAGAAUACUGCACUCUCAUACAAACAGAAUAAAAUACAAACAAACAAAGAUAUGUAUUCAUAAAGACAAAAAUAUAAUGUAUACACACACUCACUGACACAAGCAGUUACAUUCACACACAUUACCUAUAUUUGGUUUGGGACAAUUUCCAGUUUAGCAUCUCCCCUACUCUGAAGUAAAGAUUUAAUGUUGGAUUUGAUCAUUGUAAAACCUGUCUUAUUGUGCUGGCUCUGCAUCCUAAAUAUCUUGUGUUUUGUAAUAAAAAGGAAUUCAAUAUCUCUCAAACACACAGAAUGAUUUUAACAGUCACACUACACCAUUAGAAAAAAUGGUUCUUUGGUUGUCAAUCAAUCAAAUGUACUUAUAAAGCCCUUCUUACAUCAGUUGUUGUCACAAAGUACUGUACAGAAACCCAGUCUAAAACAAGAAAGCUU